GCACUGUAACUUGCAUGGUUGGUGUGCGAAGCAGCUGCGUUUUCAGAAGGUGGCCCGACCUGCUCUUGCCCCGUGGCGCUGGAUCGCAAGCCCAGCCCAACCCACUUUCCAAUUUCCCCCAAACGCCCGUCCCGUUGCGACUACCAGUGGACCCCGAGUACGCUAGUGUUAGUGGCAGAGAUACAGGGCCCUGGAACCCUGGCUUUCUGGCAUUUCUGGCAUCCUGGCACAAGGCACCCCCCCAGGAGCCGCAACAUCGGCAUCGCCGCCCUGGUGCAUGUGUUAGUGUCGGACGGGACCACGCACCAGCGAUCCGACAUUGGCUGCCCCGGUCAUCCAGUCUUGGUGGCAAUAACUAUAAACCACUCGCGUUCCUCCGUCCCUGCCGUUCCCUCGCGCGCUCUCCCAUCUCUCCCGUCCUUCCUUUUCCCGACCAGGUACACCCACUGCUUCACGCUGCAUCAUGUCGUCAGAAGAAAAAGGCGCCGCGGGCCUGUCGACGCCCGAGAAAGAGGCUCCGCCCGCAUUCGGGGUCGAGGCGGAGCCGGUUCCGACGCGCGAGGCCGAGAGUUUCUUUACACGAAAUGGCCUCAAUUUUGAGUCGUUCAAGAUGCGCGAUUAUGGCAGCAGCAGCAUCGACUCGCUCGACCGCAGCCUGCGAUCGCGCCACAUGCACAUGAUCGCCAUCGGCGGCUCCAUCGGCGCCGGCUUCUUCGUCGGCUCCGGCGGCGCCCUCAACACCGGCGGCCCGGGCUCGCUGCUCAUCGACUUCCUCAUCAUCGGCGUCAUGAUCUUCAACACGGUCCAGGCCCUCGGCGAGCUCGCCGUCAUGUACCCCGUCUCCGGCGGUUUCUACACCUACUCAACCCGCUUCAUCGACCCGUCGUGGGGCUUCGCCAUGGGCUGGAAUUACGUCAUGCAGUGGGCUGUCGUCUUGCCGCUCGAGCUGACUGUCUGCGGUUUCACCGUCGGGUACUGGAAUUCCGAGAUCAACGUUGCCGUGUGGAUUACCGUCUUCUUGGUCGCCAUCAUCAUCAUCAAUGUCUUUGGCACGCUCGGAUAUGCCGAGGAGGAGUUCUGGGCCUCGCUGCUCAAGCUGGGCGCCACCGUCGUCUUCAUGUUCAUCGCGCUCGUGCUGGUCUGCGGCGGCGGGCCCAAGGGCAGCCAGUAUGACCACUACUGGGGCGCGCGCCUGUGGUACGAGCCCGGCGCCUUCGCCAACGGCUUCCGGGGCUUCUGCAGCGUCUUCGUCACGGCCGCCUUCGCCUUCUCCGGCACCGAGCUUGUCGGCCUCGCCGCCGCCGAGGCCCGCAACCCAGCCAAGUCGCUUCCGGGCGCCAUCAAGCAGGUCUUCUGGCGUAUCACCCUCUUCUACGUCCUCGGUCUCUUCUUUGUCGGGCUCCUCAUCGCGUACGAUGACCAGAACCUGCUGGGUGCCAACCCCUUCAUCAACGUCAACGCGUCGCCGUUCGUGCUGGUCGGCAAGUACGCCAACCUGAAGGGCUUCGACAGUUUCAUGAACGUCAUCAUCCUGAUCUCGGUGCUCUCCAUCGGCGUGUCGGCCGUCUACGGCGGUUCGCGCACGCUCACCGCGCUCGCCCAGCAGGGCUACGCGCCCAAGAUCUUCAGCUACAUCGACCGCUCCGGCCGGCCGCUGUUCUCCGUCAUCAUUCUCCUCGCCUUCGGCCCGCUCGCCUACAUCAGCCUGUCGGCUUCGGGCCCGACCGUCUUCGACUGGCUGCAGGCGCUCUCGGGCCUCGCCGCCCUCUUCACCUGGGGCUCCAUCUGCCUGGCGCACAUCCGCUUCCGCAGGGCCUGGCAGUACCACGGCCACACGCUCGAUGAGAUCCCCUUCAAGGCCGUCGGCGGCGUCUACGGCUCAUACCUCGGCGUCCUUCUCGUCGUCCUCGUCCUCGUCGCGCAACUGUUCGUCGCCAUCUGCCCCGUCGGCGGCGGCUACAACAGCGCCGAGGGCUUCUUCAUGUCCUACCUCGCCCUGCCUGUCGUCAUCGCCUUCUGGGUCUACGGCUUCAUCUGGAAGCGCACCGGCUGGCUGCGCACGGAGCAGAUCGACGUCGACACCGGCCGCCGGGAGCACGAUUGGGCGGUCAUCAAUGAGUACCGGGAGAAGCUCGCCAAGAUGCCCGCGUGGCGGAGGAUUAUCCAUGCUUUGUUCAUAUAGGCGCAUCUGGAUUAUAUGGCGGGUUGCGCAAGAUUACGCCGAUUUUUUUUUCGGUAGAGUUCGUUGGCGAUUUAUGAUUUGAUGAAGGGGCCCGGCUGCUCUGUCUAGCCUCUCUGGUCUGCUGCUGCUCGUGCUGCUGUUUAAAGACGGCGUGCGGGUGAUAAAGAGGUGGUACCAGUUGUCGGC